AUGGUACUGGGCAUUUCGUGUGAGUCUAUGGAUACAACUGUGUCAAUUGUAGCUCUGCGUCAUCAUCCAUUUUCUCACUCAUUCGGUGUCAUCCACCGAUGGGCUCGUCUCCCUAUUUCUCGUCUACAGCAUCUACUGAACCUUCAGUCGAUGAGAGAUGAGCCCGCUUCUGGGUUCCCCACUCUGCCGUCCGGCCACGUCUCUGCGGCUCAGGGCUGCCAGCUCAUGCACCCAUCGGCUCUUCUCUCCGGUGCUCUCGGCUUCUCUGGGCCCCGUCGUGACAGCCCCACACUGGGCCAAGCGGCACACACGUCCCAGCAUCAUCUUAUGUCCACACUUCCUCUUGGCCCGUCCUUGGGCCCCGUGCCGACCAGCCUACAUCUGCCCGUCUCCUUGCCACAACUGCCGCUGUCGCUGACCGGCAAUCCACUCACGACCGGCGCUGCUUCGGCCUAUCUGCCUUUCCAGUUACCGCUGCCUCUUCUGGCCGCCGGACUGUGCGCUCCCGGGCGCCUGGGCUCGACCGCAGACGCAGUCUGUAAGGCGACCGUCGACGGCGACUCGGCCGCAUAUUCGUGUCCCGGGCCGCCUCUGCCCUCGUGGGCA